UGGAGUAUAGCACAAUAGCAAGCCCUUGCUGCACAUGGCUGUGGCCAGCGCCCGCAGUUCUCCCCAUUCCGACUCAUCGCCGUUGCCACCAGUGUCACCUCAGCCUGUAGCCGAGAGGUUGUUCAUGCGUGGAGGGAGCGGCCGCUCACCGGGCAGUAGCAGCAGCAGCAGCAGCAGCAGGAGCCCCAGCCUCAGAGAAAUUGACGAGGAGGCUGCGGUGGUCAUCAAUGAUGGCGGUGAGAAGCUCUACGUGGCUGUUGGGAAGGACUUCAAGGACGGCAAAUCCAGCCUCAGCGCAGCUCAGAGCCUUGGGCUCCUCGGCGGUGGUCUCAGCCUUGUCCUGCUGCAUGUCCACCAACCUGCUGACAGGAUUAUGAGCGGAUUAUGCAAGGUUCCUGCAAGCCAGCUAGAAGAAAAGGAACUUAAAGCAUACAGAAAGAUCGAGCGAGAGGAGAUGAACACACUUCUCAACCAGUACAUGACAUACUGCAGGCUGUAUCUCAAGGUGCAAGCAGAAACACUGGUCAUUGAGAAGAACAAUGUCCCAAAUGGCAUUGUCGAGCUAAUUAAUCAGCAUUGCAUCACAAAGCUUGUCAUGGGAAUGUCUUCCUUCUCAACGAAGAGGAAAGUACCCAAGUCAAAAGUUGCAGCCAUCGUGCAUCAACAGGCCAAACCGUAUUGCCAGAUCUCCUUCAUUUGCAAAGGGUCUCUUGCUUGGACUAGGGAUGCCAAUCUGGAUUCUAUAAAAGCUGAUUCACCCAGAAGCAGUUCUGCAAGCACUCUGUCAGAUGAACCUGAGUUACCUGCAAGAUCAGUGUCACUGCCACCUGGGCAUCCUGGUUACAUGGGCUCUCCUGAUCAACAAUUCCUUCCUCGACGGUCAAACUCAGUUAGUUAUCCCUCACCAGGAUUUAUAGCAAACAAUGUGGAGAGGAUGUUGCAUAUAGCGCAGCACUCGAUACAUGUGAAACCAAGAAAUUGCUCUCCAAACUCCAGCCUUCCAAGCAAUGAAGGGUCCUCCUCAUCGAGUCUAAAGGACUCAGACAGUAUGGAUGGAUCACCCUUACCAGCUUCAGUAGUCAGCUCUGAAGAGCAACAAAUGUCCAUGGUGGAAACUAGCAUGCAAAAUGAAGUGUUUGAGCAGCUGCAGCAGGUCCGCAAUGAGCUAGAACACUCAAGAAAGGAAGCAUCUGAGGGCCGGCAGAAAGCCGAAAGGGAUCUGUUUGAAGCUUCCAGGAUGUUCAAAGCACGGGAAAAUUCACUCCUGAAAGAAAAAAGGGAGGUAGAUGAAAGACUGAACAAAGAAAAAGCAUUUCUUGAAAAAGAGAACUUCCAGAUAUUCAAUGAACUGCAGAAGGCAAAUGAGCAAAGGGCAGAUCUGGAGAAUAAGCUUCUCCAGACCAACUCUCUGUUGGAACAGCUCCAACAGCUGCAAGGAGAGCUGCAGCGUGAGAAAGAAGAUGCUCUAAGAGAAGCUGAAGAGAUGCGCAAACUAUAUGGAAACAGCGAUUUUAUCUCUGCUGGUGAAGUUUCCUUGACAGAGUUUAGUUACAGUGAGAUUCAAGAAGCAACCAAAAACUUUGAUGAAUCUAUGGAGAUUGGACAUGGUGGAUGUGCAAGCGUCUACAAGGGUUUUCUCCGUCAUACCACUGUAGCCAUAAAGAAGUUCAACCGAGAAGGCAUAGUAGGAGAGAGAGAGUUCAACGAUGAGGUGGAAAUUUUAGGUAGGAUGAGACAUCCGAACCUUGUCACUCUCAUAGGAGUGUGCAGAGAUCCGAAAGUGUUGGUUUAUGAAUUCUUGCCAAACGGAAGCCUAGAGGACCGUCUCCAAUGCAAGCACCACACUGAGCCACUCCCAUGGAGAAUGCGCAUCAGAAUUGCUGCUGACAUCUGCACAGCACUUAUCUUCCUCCACUCCAACAAACCAAAAAGCAUCGCGCAUGGUGAUCUGAAGCCUGACAAUGUCCUCCUUGACACUAACUUUGUUGGCAAGCUAGGAGACUUUGGAAUUUCACGUUCCUUAAAUCUGACAAACACCACUGUCACCCCUUACCACAGAACGGACCAAAUAAAAGGCACACUAGGAUACAUGGAUCCAGGGUACAUUGCUUCAGGGGAGCUCACAGCGCAGUAUGAUGUCUACUCCUUUGGAGUCGUACUGCUGCGGUUGCUAACUGGUAAGAGCCCCCUAGGCCUUCAGAGUGAGGCAGAGGCAGCCUUGAGCAGUGGAGUCUUGCACGAGAUACUUGACACCUCAGCAGGGGACUGGCCUCCUGAGUUUGCUGAAGAGUUGGCAAGCCUAGCUCUGAAAUGCUGUAAGUAUGAAAGAAAGGAGCGCCCUGAUCUUGCAAAAGAGGCAUGGGGUAUCCUGCAAGCUAUGAUGAAUGAACCAACACCUUCUUCAUCACUUCCUCUGGAGGCACCAUCAUAUUUCAUCUGCCCGAUGACACAGGAGAUCAUGCGAGAUCCGCACAUUGCUGCUGAUGGAUUCACAUAUGAAGGGGAGGCUAUAAAAGAUUGGAUCCAAAGGGGGCAUAGAAUGUCCCCCAUGACAUACCUUAAUUUCCCACACCAUCAGUUAAUUCCUAACAACGCCCUUCGUUUCGCAAUUCAAGAAUGGCAAACAAAACAGCAGCAGUAAUUUUGAGUUUUUGACACUACAUUUGGUCUGCACUUUGUAUCAUGUUUGUGAAGUGAGACAAGUAGUUCCCAAGUGUGUACAUGUACAUUCUAGGAAGCAUUUUUUUUUUACUUAACCAGCCAAUAUUUUACCAAAUUUUGGAGCUCGGAAAUUAAGCUUCAUGAACAUGCCAGUGUGAGGGCUCACACAUUUGGGAUGAAUUGAUAUGUAACAUGAUGUAAUAUAUUAGCAAGAAGAUGCAACGUUGCAAUUGUCAAUAGAUGUUUGUGCCCA